AUGACAAAACCCAACAGUUUCCAGCUCAGAAGUCCAGGUUACGACGGUGGUGUUGAGAACGCCGCUUUUGAGGAUGAAGGGAUCUAUGACAACACUUUCCCCAGUGCAGAGGAAGAGCCGGGACAGAAGACACAUAAGAAACGCCUUAUGUCUUACAUGAGCCAAGUCUCCAAGCCAAUCAAUGCCACAGAGAAUUACAUCAAGGCGCAUUCUCAAACCUUCAAAUACAUCCUUCUGGGCGCACUGGGCACAGGGUAUGUGGCGUACUUCAUAGCGGCGUGUGUGCUGGACUUCCAGAGGGCCACGGCGCUGGUGGUUCUCACGUGUCUGGCCGUGGUCACUCAGGCCCUGGGUCUUCUGCAUGAGUACAAGGGAGACAGCAUCAGGCAGUGCUUCGACCCUGUGCUCUCCUGCUUCCAGUCCAACCUCAAAUGGAUCAAAUGGGUUUUCAUCGCGGUGGUGGUGCUGCUGCUGGUGGUGUGGUUGGCCGUGGACACCAGCCAGCGUCCGGAGCAGCUGAUCUCGUUCGGUGGCGUGUGCAUGUUCAUCGUCCUCAUCUUCUUGUUCUCGGCGCACAGGACGGCGGAGGUGGACAUUUACACUGUGAAACCUGAAGACCUGAGCUUCACCUCCGCCUUCUGUCUCCAAAUCCAGAGGAACGACUACGUCCACGCUCUGGUCACUUAUUUCAACAUCGAGUUCACCAAAUGCCACAAGAAGACGGGCUUUUCCACCGCUCCAGAUACGGCCUACACACACUGGAAGCAGACGGUGUUCUACCUGGAGGAUUAUCUGACGGUGAGGAAAGGAGAGGAGAUCGUCGGCACCAUGUCCAUGAAGCCCAACGAGAAGAACAUUGUGAACAGACUCUCCUACAGACUCUCCUACAGACUCUCCUACAGACUCUCCUACAGACUCUCCUACAGACUCUCCUACAGACUCUUCUACAGACUCUUCUACAGUCUCUCCUACAGACUCUCCUACAGACUCUCCUACAGACUCUUCUACAGACUCUUCUACAGUCUCUCCUACAGACUCUUCUACAGACUCUCCUACAGUCUCUCCUACAGACUCUUCUACAGACUCUUCUACAGACUCUUCUACAGUCUCUCCUACAGUCUCUCCUACAGACUCUCCUACAGACUCUCCUACAGUCUCUCCUACAGACUCUUCUACAGACUCUUCUACAGACUCUUCUACAGACUCUCCUACAGUCUCUCCUACAGACUCUCCUACAGACUCUUCUACAGACUCUCCUACAGACUCUCCUACAGACUCUUCUACAGACUCUUCUACAGUCUCUCCUACAGACUCUCCUACAGACUCUUCUACAGACUCUCCUACAGACUCUCCUACAGACUCUCCUACAGACUCUUCUACAGACUCUCCUACAGACUCUCCUACAGUCUCUCCUACAGACUCUCCUACAGACUCUCCUACAGACUCUCCUACAGACUCUCCUACAGUCUCUCCUACAGACUCUUCUACAGUCUCUCCUACAGACUCUCCUACAGUCUCUCCUACAGACUCUCCUACAGACUCUCCUACAGACUCUCCUACAGACUCUCCUACAGUCUCUCCUACAGACUCUUCUACAGUCUCUCCUACAGACUCUCCUACAGUCUCUCCUACAGACUCUCCUACAGACUCUCCUACAGUCUCUCCUACAGACUCUCCUACAGACUCUCCUACAGACUCUUCUACAGACUCUUCUACAGACUCUCCUACAGUCUCUCCUACAGACUCUUCUACAGACUCUCCUACAGACUCUCCUACAGACUCUCCUACAGACUCUCCUACAGACUCUCCUACAGUCUCUCCUACAGACUCUCCUACAGACUCUCCUACAGACUCUCCUACAGACUCUCCUACAGACUCUUCUACAGUCUCUCCUACAGACUCUCCUACAGACUCUUCUGCAGACUCUUCUACAGACUCUUCUACAGACUCUCCUACAGUCUCUCCUACAGACUCUUCUACAGACUCUUCUACAGACUCUCCUACAGUCUCUCCUACAGACUCUUCUACAGACUCUCCUACAGACUCUCCUACAGACUCUCCUACAGUCUCUCCUACAGACUCUUCUACAGACUCUUCUACAGACUCUUCUACAGACUCUUCUACAGACUCUCCUACAGACUCUCCUACAGACUCUUCUACAGUCUCUUCUACAGUCUCUCCUACAGACUCUCCUACAGACUCUUCUACAGACUCUCCUACAGACUCUCCUACAGACUCUUCUACAUCUCUCCUACAGACUCUCCUACAGACUCUUCUACAGUCUCUCCUACAGACUCUCCUACAGACUCUCCUACAGACUCUUCUACAGUCUCUCCUACAGACUCUUCUACAGUCUCUCCUACAGACUCUCCUACAGACUCUCCUACAGACUCUCCUACAGACUCUUCUACAGUCUCUCCUACAGUCUCUCCUACAGACUCUCCUAGUCUCUCCUACAGACUCUCCUACAGACUCUUCUACAGUCUCUCCUACAGACUCUCCUACAGACUCUUCUACAGACUCUUCUACAGUCUCUCCUACAGACUCUUCUACAGUCUCUCCUACAGACUCUCCUACAGACUCUCCUACAGACUCUCCUACAGACUCUUCUACAGUCUCUCCUACAGUCUCUCCUACAGACUCUCCUACAGUCUCUCCUACAGACUCUCCUACAGACUCUCCUACAGACUCUUCUACAGUCUCUCCUACAGUCUCUCCUACAGACUCUCCUACAGUCUCUCCUACAGACUCUCCUACAGACUCUUCUACAGACUCUUCUACAGUCUCUCCUACAGACUCUUCUACAGUCUCUCCUACAGACUCUCCUACAGUCUCUCCUACAGUCUCUCCUACAGACUCUCCUACAGACUCUUCUACAGUCUCUCCUACAGACUCUCCUACAGACUCUCCUACAGACUCUCCUACAGUCUCUCCUACAGACUCUCCUACAGACUCUCCUACAGACUCUCCUACAGACUCCAGCGCUGGAGAUGCCAGUGUCCUUGCUUCGUUUAA